UUGCCACGACGGGAGGCAGCGGCGGAAGAGGCGGAGGAGCGGCGCCGCCAUCGCCAUCCGCGCCGCCAUCCCCAGGCAGCGCCUCGCUCAGCCCCCGCCAUGGCCACCGCCACCUGGCGCUACCGCGGGGACCCCGAGGGCGAGCGGCCGGCGGCGCUCGUGCGGUUCGCCAACGGGCGGCUGGAGCGGCCCGAGUCGCUGCGCUUCACGGUGUACCGGAACCGGGACUCGGCGCACCCCCGCAAGAGGCACCGCCGGAUCGUGGUGAGGCUCCGGGACAGCGGCCGCGCAGCGCGGGGCUGCGUGACAGCGGUGCACAGCGGGGCAACGGCUAGCGGCUGUAACGGGCUGCAAGUACAAGAGUUAUUAAUUGCCCAGGUCUCGGAGACGGAGCGGCUCUGCUACGUGGGACACAACUUUGGCAGCCAGGCCACAAAGUGCAACUCCCUGUGCAGGUACUUUGUUGGAGUGCUAGACAAGAGCUCUGGGCAGAUGGAGGUCUACAAUGCUGAAAUAUUCAACAUGCAGCCCCUGCUCUCAGAUAACGUGAUGCCUGACGACACAAAGGAGUACCAGAAGAAAUCCUACAGGGAGAAGAUGGAUCUGUGCAUUGAGGCCUUCGGAACCAGCAAGCAGAAGCGAGCUCUGAGCUCUCGCCGCAUGAACGCCGUGGGCAGCGACAUCGUCAGCACGGCUGUGACAAAAGCAGCUGCCAACGUCAUAGAUGCCAAGGGAGUGACAGCUCUGAUGCAGGACAUGGCCCAGGAUGAUGUGCAGAACAUCUCUGCCUUCCUCCCGCCCUGCCACGAGGACGCCGACCGGCCGGAGCACGUCUACAAGUUUGAGGACUUGCUGUCUCCUGCCGAGUACGAGGCGCUGCGGGUGCCAGCAGCCGCCCUGGCCAGCGCCACCGCGGAGGAGAUGGCCAAGAGAGCAGAGGAGAGAAGCCUCUGCUCCUUCGUUUUGGAGGAGCUGAAGUUCCUGCCCACUGAUGAGAAGAGCAGGGACCACAAAGCCCGAUGCCUCUGGUUCCUGGACACCCUCAUCAAGUUCAGUCAGCAGAAAGUGAUCAAGAAGAAGCAUCCAAUGGGUCCUGAGUGCCCACACAUCAUCAGCAAGAAACUCAUGAAGAAUUUCACCUCGCUGACCUACAACAACGGCAGCAUCCAGAAUUUGAUCUCUGCAUCCAUGAAGGCUAAAAUCACCGCCUAUGUCAUUGCCCUGGCUUUGCACAUUAACAACUUCCAGACGGAUCUCACCGUCCUGCAGAACGACAUGAAGCUCUCAGAGAGCAGGAUCCUGGACAUCGCCAAGGCCCUGCGGCUCAGGGUGUCCAAGGCCAAGGGGGUGCCAGGGCUGGAGAAUGACCAGAACCACAAGCUGGGCACCCUGUCCCUGCCCCUGCCCACGCAGAAGGCACCAGAGGGGCAGCGCAAGCGCAAGAAAAUGAACUGAGAGGCCCUGGAGGUCUGGGGGGACACAGCCCCUCCCUCAGAAUGUCAUGGGGAUGCCUUCAUCUGCUCAGUUUGGGUCCAGCAUCAGCCCUCACCCAGCUGAAACCCAGGCUGAGGGUUUCACCUCACUAAAAUGCUGCUUUUUUUCUAUUUAUAUAGAAAAAGCUAUAAUAAAACCUUUUUUUUCUA